CUGUCGAUUCUUCAAUUUCUGAAAUGGAAAUUUUUCAGGUUGUAUUCAGUGAAAACUUCCGAAAGUCAUUUCAGAAAUUGUAUCCUUCCAAUGUUAAGAAUCUCGCGAUAAAUGUUUUACUUAAGCUUGCAAGUGGCUGGCGGCCCAAGAAUAUAAACGUGGACUGGAAAUGCGAGAGCUCUUCGUAUAUUGUGAAGCAAAUCAAGGUUUCAAAAUACUAUGUUGUGUGCUCAAUCGAUUUAGUUAAGGACCCUGUUUACGUACAAAUUUUCAAAGUGUGGGAUAUAUUGCCCAUGAAGGAGACUGCAAAACUCUUGAAAAGACUCGACAGCAUUUUUGCUAUGUAUACGGAUGAUUUUAUCGACCGCUGCAAUGAGAAGUUGUGCGAGGGGUAUGCAAAUUAAUUUACGAUUUCCUCUAAUUCCAAUUCAAAAAUCGUGAUUGGUCUCAAUUAAUUCGGUUUUUAUUAUUUUUUUUUCAGAAAUUUGGAGGUGCCAAAGAGUUGGUCGGUUUCCGACGAUAUAAUCCGGUUCAAGAAUCACAAUAAUGACAACAAAGUCAAUAGUGGUGCGAGUGUUGACUGCAGAAGUCAUGUUGAAAAUGCCAAAGUAAACGAGAGCUUACUGCUGAUGAA